AAAUACUCGUUGGGGUAAUCGGUAGAAGCAAAUAUACAAACCAAGGAGAAAUCUUCCUGUAAACAACGAAUCGCCAAAUUGGCUCUCUCUCUCUCUCUCUCUCUUCUAUACAUCAAUUUGUUUUCGUUCGAUUGCAUCCGUCUUUGAAGGCCGAAUUUUUCCGAUCACUGGGUUUUCCCGGUUUAAUCGGGAAAGCCAGUCGAUUUAGGUUUUGGCCAGUGUAUCCUCCUUCUCAGGGUCUCUGGAUUGCAUUCGAUGACUUGCCCGGAGGACGAAAAAGCGGCUCUUGAGCUGCAGCUGAGAGUCGAAGAAUACGAAGAUGGGAAAGGGCCGUAUGUGAAACUGAGUGAGGAGGGUUUAGAGAAUGUUCAAGAAUCAGAGCAGGAGAAAGAAGAAGAAGAAGAGACUGCUUCGUCGCCGUUUUGGUUCCGGGUCAAGCUUGCUCUUCUAUUCGCCUUCCUUGCUGCAUUGGCCUUCGUUGGUUACAGAUGGGUCGGUCCUUUAAUCAUGGAUAAGGAGCUUAUCCCGAUUAUAAAAUGGGAGAUUAGGACUUUUACACAUCCCGUGUGCGGUCUUCUUGUCUUUGCAUCCGUGGCUGUAUUCCCGACAAUACUGCUUCCAUCUACGCCGUCCAUGUGGAUUGCUGGGAUGACAUUUGGCUAUGGCUAUGGCUUUCUACUGAUUAUUUCAGCUGCAGCUGUUGGUGUGUCACUUCCUUACUUCAUUGGACAUCUCUUCCGCCACAAAAUUCAAGGAUGGCUAGAAAGAUAUCCUGAUCAAGCAGUGGUUCUAAGAGCUGCUGGUGAAGGGAAUUGGUUUCACCAGUUUCGAGCAGUAACGUUAAUCCGGGUUUCUCCAUUCCCUUACAUCCUUUAUAACUACUGUGCUGUAGCAACUCGUGUUAAGUACGGUCCUUACAUCACAGGCUCUCUCUUAGGCAUGGUGCCUGAGGUGUUUGUCGCAAUCUAUACAGGGAAUCUUGUAAAGACAUUAGCAGAAGCAUCUUCUGCAGAAGAACACGGUCUCUCGGUUACACAGGUUAUUCUCAACAUUCUCGGCUUUUUAGGAACUGUAGCUACAACGAUUCUCAUCACCAAGUAUGCGAAAAGACAGCUGGAGACCAUGAAGAAAGAGGAAGAAGCAUUGUUGCAGUAAACCCACGUGACAAACUCUGAGCUGCUUUUAGCUCUCUGCUUUUAGUCUGAAACAUCUCUUGUUUCUCACUCUUUACACUGUUCAGGUCUGCCCCAAGAAGAUGUGAAAGAGCUCUGGUUUUUUCUGUCUCCUUGGUUCUUCAUCUCUUUUAUUAUCAGCCUUGAAAAAAGAAAAAAUAUGGUUAACAAGUAUGAACAGAGGGAAAAAAUCUAACACCCUUCGUAAUUUAAUUUAAUUUUUGUUCUAUUAAUUUUGAUGUGUGACAUGAAUGAAAAGAUCGUUUUUAUAUGCAAUCUUACUGGGAAACGAUAAAAUGAGAGAAUCAAUAUAUGAUGUACUUUUCUACUGUUGAUGCUAAUAUUGCUUUCUCCUG